GGGCCAGCCGCCGGCAAUGGGAAGAGACGACAUGCUUUCUCUGGUGCUGCCUCUGCUGCUCGCCGCGGUCGCCCUGGCCGUGUGGCUCUGGGGGCAGCUGAGGCGCCCUCCGGGAUACCCGCCAGGUCCGACAUGGCUUCCCUUGGUGGGCAACUACCAGGACAUCCGCCGGCUGAGCAAGAAGCUGGGAUCGCAGCACGAGGCCUUCACGUACUUAGCCCAGAAGUACGGAUCACCCGUGAUUGGUUUACAUCUGGGCGGCGAGCUGACCGUCAUCGUCUCCACCAGGAGCCUCAUACGCGAGGUGCUCACGCGGCCCGAAUUUGAAGGACGGCCUCGGAACUUCUUCGCGUACCUCCGCAGCCUGGGGCUGCGGAAAGGAGUAACGUUGGUGGAUGGCAAGCUGUGGCAGGAGCAGCGCGCCUUCGUGAUACGACACCUGCGCUCUCUGGGCUUCAGCGGGGCUGCUAUGCAGGCUCAGGUGGAAGAGGAAGUGCGUGCUCUGCUGGAAGAACUGAGCAACAGCUGCGGGAGACCAACACAGAUCAAAAAGCUGCUGGCGCCCUCCGUGCUCAACGUCAUCCUCCAGUUUUGCGCUGGGUACCGCUUCCCGCGCAACGACCGGCGCCUACAGACGCUGCUAGACCUGAUAAACACGCGGUCACGAUCCUUCGACAUGGCUGGAGGCAAACUCAGCGCCAUGCCGUGGUUGCGCUUCAUCCAGCCCGAGGCAACUGGCUACAACGCGAUCAUCAGGUUCAACGAGAUGGCGCGCGCCUAUUUUUUAAAAACUAUCGAAGAACACAAGGCAACAUACACGCCAGGAAAUAAGAGAGAUCUCAUAGAUGCAUUUUUGUAUGAAAUGGCAAAAGCAAAACAGGACCAAGAUGAGAACACGACAUUUACGGAUAACCAGCUUCUUAUGCUGUGCUACGACAUGUUUGUUGCUGGCUCGGAAACGACAGGCAACUCUCUCCGAUUUGCUUUCCUUAUGAUGUUACGACAUCCUGACGUCCAGGAACGAGUGCACAAAGAGAUAAAAGAAGCAAUUGGCACCCACAGGCUCCCAACACUAGAGGACAAAGACAGAUUGGUUUAUACCAGAGCUGCUCUGACGGAGUCACAGAGAAUGUGUCAUGUCAUACCAAUACGGGGAACUCGGCGAGUGCUCGAAGACACCACGCUACACGGCUAUCGUCUUCCAGAGAAUACAGUUGUCCUACUAAAUAUCUGGUCACUGCACAUGGAUAAAGACCAUUGGGGUGAUCCUGAAGUAUAUCGACCAGAGCGUUUCAUUACUGAAACUGGGCAGUUUAGAGAGGAUGAUGCAUUCUUACCAUUUGGUCUUGGUCGACGUCGGUGCUUGGGGGAGCAUUUGGCAAAAUGUUGUUUAUUCCAAAUGUUUGCUGGAAUCUUACAAAAAUUUCAACUUGUUCCUGCAGAUGGUACUGACCUAAAGUAUGCUACUUUGGAGGGCCUUAAUCUUGCUCCAAAACCAUAUGAUAUUAUUUUCAAAUCUCGAUAACAUUGCAACAACACAAAAAUAUAAUUAUUUUCAGUACCAGUAUUAUGACAGCAAUUAAAACCUAAUAGAUGAAUAUGUAUUACUGAAUGGAAAUUAAUUGAAAUUUCAUUUACUUAUCUCCAUACUGCCAUAUCAUCACUUCUUUGAAUUAGUGAGAGAAUAGAAAAGUCUCCAAUGAACAUUAUAAAAUAGAGAUGAGGUUUGUAAAAACUCAUCUACGUAUGAACAAGAAGAGGAGUAUUUUCAUAUUUCUGGUUAUCAAUAUGUGAACUAUAGCUCUCAACUAAUGAUUAAAUUCGAAUGUAGUUUUCCAAUGCAUUUCUGUAAUGUACCUUGCAGUUUAAUUAUACAUAACCCAAGUAAGUACAACAAUUUAUUUAUAGCAAUCUCAGUAACAACGUAUUACUACAUUAUUCUGCUAAGGAAAUGUUUAUUCAGUGAUGCCUGAAAUUAUUGUUUGUGAUUGUAUCUGUUUAUGACAGGUUAAUACACAGCGUACAUUUUUAAAAAAUAAAAAGCAGCAGUUGGAACCCUUCAUGUCCUGCAAACUGAAACUCAUUUCUUAUGAACAACUUGACAUACUCAUUUACAAGGACAGACUCCAGGAUCAAAUUAAAUCGCAGCAUAGGAUGUAUAUGACAAUGGUUACACAACACAUGACUGAAAGCUGUUCUGUUGGAACUUGCAAUGUUAACUAAGUUGUUACAAAAAAUUUUCACAGAACAGUCACUUCUUUUCCUUCAACAUUCUUGUGGUUUAUCAAAAAGAUCAUUUUCAGGGGAAUGCACUCAGUAAUUGAACAGUACAUUUGGGCGUAGAUUUCCAUGGCCAUUGUUGCUGUCAAUAAUCCUUCAAAGUUUCAGUCAUUUGCAGUGAUGGCUAAAAUGUUGAAUCAUUUUACUAUGUAGUGAGUCUUACACCACAAAGACUUUCGUGGAACCAGAAUAACUCAGUUAUCAACAUGUUCAAUAUUCCAUCAUUUUUCAGGAGUGUAUCCAUGAUAUCAUUAACUCUUGUACUAAUAUUUUGGCUGACAACCUUUCACCUGUUCUCAAAGUGAGUUGCUCACAAGAUUAUUAAAACAUGAGUUUAAAGCGGCUUAAAAAUCUUGCAGGCAACUCAUCAGGAGAAUGGCUGGAAGGCUGUCAGCCAAUAUAUUGAUACAAAAGUUAAUAAUAUCCUGGAUGCACUCCUAAAAAAUGACAUAAUAUUUUACCUGCUAGCAAAACUUGAAGGAACACAUAUUUGAUAUUGCUUUCCCGGUAGCAUUUGACAUUAACUGAGUUUUGUGGGGCUGCUACACAGAUGAACAAUUUUCCUUACUUUGAGUAUUUUCAGCCAGUUCAUUUUAAAAGAUAGUUUCCCCUUAUUCCACAAUGGAUAUGAAGAAUGCCAAUUACAGUCCUACAUUACGUAAUAUAUAAUAAUUUCAUCUUGUAUCAUAUACUUUUGUUAUGAACCAUCAAAGCAUUUGAUUGUUAUGACUGGCUACAAUCCACUCAUUAUAUUGAUAUUAGAGGACCCAACAUCUUAACAUUCAUAGAGACUUCACACAUGCUGCGUAAUUCAACUUAAAAUUCAUACAUUGAUUAUUACUAUAUUUUCUUGAGGUUGAAAUAAUUGUACACAAAGUUAUUUUAAACAUUUAUAUUUAGCUGGGAUGUAGGUAUAGCAACAACUGAUAUUAUGUAUGAAAUCAUUACUGCAAAUUGUAACCAUUUGUGGUUAUUUGACACAAACUAAAACUUGCACAGAUUUACACAUGUCUAUGGACACAGUAUAACACACCACAUUCUAGUUAAGGAAUGUAGCAAUUUUUGCACUUUCUCACUAACUAAAAUGUUAUUCUCAUAGGUUAAACUGAAAUUUGUGUCAGGAAGUUUAUCUGGCUCUAGAAACAAUUACCAAAAGCAUUAUGCUUAAAUUCAUCAGACAACAUGAAACAGCAGCAUAAAAUAGGAAGUAGCAGCUACUUUGAUACAGACUUCAGUUUACAUUAUAGUAUUAGAUAUCAAGAGAAUGAACUGAGUUUUAUGUGUCACACAUUUUUGAAGUAAUAUUGAUCAUAAUUCUAAUUCUUGCUAUGAUCUAAAGAACGGAGGUUGUGAGUCACAAAUAUUGUGUCUUGUAAAUUAUCAAUGUUACUAGUUACAAAUUAUAUUUUUUUAUAAAAUUAUUAAUUGUAGAAACAGCUUUUCUCCAUGUUUAAUAUUUAUUUUCAUAAGUAUGGAGAACGUAAUCUUAGUAUGCAACAACCCUUCACUAAAUCAUUUUCUUCCAUCAAAAUCUACAGCUCAUUGUUUCAAUGUAAUGUUGAACGUAUUAAGUCACUAAUA